UUUCGAUAACUUUUCAAUAACUUUCUUUUAUUAACGAUAUGUUUCGUAAUUUACCUAGAUCCAUAGCUGCUUCCUUGGGAAGUGCCGUUAGAUACACUCCAGUCAAGCAAGUCAGUCCAAUAAACCAUGUUAUGAAAAGAAGUUCGGCCAUUGUAGCUGUUCAUAGAGAUACCAAAGAAGAUAAUCAAAAUACUCCAUUUGAAUUUACUGAAGAAAAUAUGAAGAGAGCUCAAGAAAUUAUCACCAAAUAUCCUCCGCAAUAUAAGAAAGGUGCGUGUAUGCCACUUUUGGAUUUAGGACAACGUCAAUUAGGAUUUACAUCAAUUUCAGUUAUGAAUUAUGUUGCUAAAUUAUUAGAUAUGCCACCAAUGAGAGUGUAUGAAGUUGCUACUUUUUAUACUAUGUAUAUGAGACAUCCAAUGGGUAAAUAUAAUUUACAAGUUUGUACCACCACUCCAUGUCAAUUAUGUGGAUCUGAUGAAAUUAUGGAAGCUAUAACAAGUCAUUUAAAAAUUAAACCGGGUCAAACUACUCCUGAUAAAUUAUUCACUUUACAAGAAGUUGAAUGUUUGGGUGCCUGUGUCAAUGCUCCAAUGAUGGCUAUUGAUGAUGAUUAUCAUGAAGAUUUAACUCCUUCUAAAACUGUUGAAUUAUUAAAACAAUUACAAGCAGGUAAACCUUUGGAAAAAAUUGGACCAGUUUCUGGUAGAGAUUCUUGUGAACCUUUCAGUGGUAAGAAAGUCUUAUUGGGUUCUGAACCAACUGAUAUUCGUCAAUUCACUAGAUCAGAUUUAUAAUCUUGAUGUUUUUAUUUGUAAAAUAAUUCUCCCAGC